AUGGCGGGAACGUGCCCAGCCCAAGCGCGAUUUUUGCUAUGGAUCAGCAACAUAGAAGGAAAAAAGGAACAUCCUGUAAAUCCCGUGUGCUGCUACUGUUUCCAAUUUCUUUUUCCCAAUAACUGUAGAAUACGUCUAUUGCCCAAAAUGAAAAUAACAUCAAGGACAGAAAAAAUACUCAAUCUAGAAAAAAAAAACUACAGACUUAGUUUAAAGCAAACAAAGCUCUUGAGGAAGUACAAGGAAUCAAAGAAUACCCUGCUAAUUACCUGCAAUUCAUGCAAAAAAACAACAAGACAUUAUGGAAUGAGUAGAGAGGAAUAUAGUUUUAAAACACCAAAUUUGAAAAUAUCGUCAAACAGAAGUACACCUCUUAUAAGUUCUUAUAAGAACUCUGGAUCCAAAACAGAGAAAUCAUCUUCAGGCCUCAGAACUACUACAGUUGGAUUACCCAUACAUCAUUUUUCUAGGACACAGAAUAAAGCCAAAAUCCUUUCCAGUCAAUUAAAAAGAAUGCUUAACUUUGAAGAAGAUAAAAGCAAAAGGGGAAAUCUGAAGAAUUUCUUAAUGUCACUUUAAAAACUUAAAAUAAGUAAGAG